CGCCGUGUCUUUCCCCUCCUCCUCCCUUGGAAACCGAAAUGCCGUACAUGGCGCGCAUUGAUAGGCUCGGUCCUUAGUCCACGAGUGAGAGAGCAGUAGUGAGUUUGGGUAACGCACUGCCGCCACCCACCUCCGCUAUCACAGGGCCAGGGGGUUUACACCGCGCCGUAUGAGCCGAAAGUGCCCGCCGGCCAGCGGCAUUGACCCAGAGCCGCUGCCAGCCCAGGAGCCCGGCGGCCGGCAAGUGGCGACCAUUCGCAGUUUAAUUUAUGAAGCUGAAAGUGAAAAUCCCUAAAUGCAUCUUUGAAGAUGAGGCGAUUAAAUAAGAAAAAGGCACUGAAUUUAAUGAAGGAGCUUGAUGCUUUCCCAAAGAUUCCUGAAAGUUAUAUUGAAACUUCUACAGCUGGUGGAACAGUUUCUAUAAUUGCCUUUACCACCAUUGCUCUAUUGUCCAUUAUGGAAUUUUUUGUCUAUCAGGACACAUGGAUGAAAUAUGAUUAUGAAGUGGAUAAAGAUUUUGCCAGCAAACUGAGAAUCAAUUUAGAUAUUACAGUUUCAAUGAAAUGCCAUUAUGUCGGUGCAGAUGUCCUGGACUUAGCAGAAACAAUGGUGGCUGCUUCAGAAGGGCUAAAAUAUGAACCAACUGUGUUUGAAUUAUCUUCUCAUCAGAAAAUGUGGCAAAGAACACUUCAAAAGAUUCGCAAAAAAGUGCAAGAAGAACACUCUCUUCAAGACCUUUUAUUCAAAAGUGCUUUUAGAGGCUCCCCAACUGCAUUACCACCAAGGGAAGACAAAUUAUCUUAUCCACAUGAUGCCUGUAGAAUACAUGGACAUUUGUAUGUCAACAAAGUAGCAGGAAAUUUCCACAUAACUGUGGGCAAGGCAAUCCCUCACCCAAGAGGUCAUGCACAUAUGGCAGCUCUUGUUAGUCAUGAUGUGUACAAUUUUUCACAUCGAAUAGAUCACUAUUCAUUUGGAGAACCAAUUCCAGGAAUUAUCAAUCCACUAGAUGGAACAGAAAAAAUUGCCAUAGAUCAUAAUCAGAUGUUUCAAUACUUCAUCACAAUUGUGCCAACGAAACUGAAUACUUACAAAUUCUCAGCAGAAACCCAUCAGUAUUCAGUCACAGAGAGGGAGCGAGUGAUUAACCAUGCAGCAGGCAGCCAUGGAGUUUCGGGUAUUUUCAUAAAAUAUGAUAUUAGCUCCUUGAUGGUUACUGUGACUGAGCAGCACAUGCCUUUAGGGCAAUUCUUAGUAAGAUUGUGUGGAAUCAUAGGAGGAAUCUUCUCAACAACAGGCAUGCUGCAUGGAUUUGUGGGUUUUUUAGUUGAUGUCAUCUGUUGCCGUUUCAAGAUUGGAGCUUACAAGCCUAAAACUGUAACUGCACUCGAUGGCCACAUAAAUAAUCACUCCCUUCCGAUUUUAAAUGAUUUUGAACACUAGCAUUAAGCCAGGAUGGAAAAAAAAUGAUCACAAGCUAUUCUCAACUUUUGGUGUGUGCAAAAAAACAUUUUCGGAUUGCACAAACUUUUGUCUAAAUAAAUUGUUAGUUACAUUCUAACCUCUACAGUCUCAAUACCACUCAAGACAUUACUGAUCAUUGUUUAUUUUUUACCUCCAGAUGAUGGUCUGCCUUUUAAAUUGUUCAGUGUUUUUAUUUCAAAGAAAUUCAGAAAGAUUAUUUAUCAAGUCAUACCAUAAUCUUCAGAUGAUGGACUGAUUACUAUAUUCAAUGUCUUCAUUUAAAAUAAAGGGGAAAUGAUCUGUACUUUGUGGUCAUACUUCAACAAU